UCGCGAGGCGAUGGCUCCGGUGUCGCGCUCGAGGAGCCCGGCGGCGUCUCCAGCCUCUCGGCGGGGACGGGCCGGUGCCUCGGCCAGUCCUUCCCCGCCGAGGUCCAGCCGAAGCAGCAGGAGGUCCCGCUCCAGGUCCCGGUCCCGGGAGCACAACGGCUCCAGGCAGCGUCCUGGUCCUCCGCACCACUUUAGCCACCGACAUGGCCCGGAGCACUACGUCAAGGAACAGGAGGAGUCGCUGCGACAGAGGAGGUUAAAUGAGAGAGAGCGAAUAGGUGAACUCGGUGCACCUGAAGUUUGGGGAUUCUCGCCAAAGGUUCCAGACCCAGAUUCUGAUGAACAUACCCCUGUAGAAGAUGAAGAUGGAGCAUCUAAAAAAAGCAGCUCCUCUGAUUCCAGCUCAGAAGAGGAAAAGAGGAAAAAGAAAAAGAAGAAGAGAAAAGCUCUUUCACAUGAGGAGGCAAAAAAGAAAGCCAAGAAAAAGAAAAAGAAGCACAGAAAAAAAAAGUCUAAGAAAAAAAAGUCUAAGAAGCACAGGAAAAACUCCAGUGACUCGAGCAGUGAAGAUUCCGAUGACGAAGGACUGAAAGGGGAUGAGCUCUGGAUUGAGAGAUCAAAAAAUACAGAUGCUGUGGAUUUCAUAGGACCCGAAGCUCCCAUUACUCAUGCUUCUCAAGAUGAGCGACCUUUGAACUAUGGACACGCCUUGCUCCCUGGUGAAGGUGCCGCCAUGGCAGAGUAUGUAAAAGCUGGGAAGCGCAUCCCGCGGAGAGGUGAGAUCGGCCUAACCAGUGAAGAGAUUGCAUCGUUUGAAAAGUCUGGCUAUGUGAUGAGUGGCAGCAGGCACCGGCGAAUGGAAGCGGUGCGUCUGCGUAAAGAGAACCAGAUCUACAGCGCGGAUGAGAAGAGGGCCCUAGCAUCUUUCAACCAGGAGGAGAGGCGGAAGAGAGAGAACAAGAUCCUGGCAAGCUUCCGGGAGAUGGUAUACAGGAAAACGAAGGGCAAAGACGACAAAUGAACUGUUUGCUUCUUGAUACAGAACAGACUUGA